CCUUUUCUUCCUCACAAAGCCAUCGUUUCUUGAUCUAAAACACCGCAGUGGAAGAUCAAGAAGUGCACAACAAUGGGCAGCGGCGGCCACCUUCUGCAUCUCUACAACUCCUCACGGGCGUCCAUGAUUAAGCGACUAACCGCUCAAUUCCCAGUCUCUGUAAAGAGGUAUGCGGGAAACCAGGGCGUGGAAGAGAGAGCGCCUUCAACAGAAGAUGAGUUCAGAAGAGCUGCGGAAGAGAAGAAACGCCAGGGAUUCGCCAGCCAGACUUUGGAGAAGGCGGAAGACGGCGCAGGAGAGGCGGCGGAGAAAGAAUCUGAUCUUGGAUCUGUGAAGGAGAGUUACAAGGACGCGCCGCCGGGCAGAGGUAAGUUCCACAAGUCUGGGGAUCCGAUUCCUCCAGAAAACGUGCCCUGAAAAGGAACUGAACAUGUGUAUCAGUGUAUGUAUAGGAGUAAUAUACUCUUUUUCACAUCUGUAAAACCACAAAUCAUCAAUAAAUGAAUGAAACAAGUAUACUUGUUCAAGGUGGCAA